AUGGCGUCGAUUACGGAUCCUGUCACCAUCGAUCGCGCUUAUUUCGACACCCUCGUGCGAAGGGCUAAUUGUAACGAUGGACCGCUCUCUGCAGCCAUGGCCGACCAGAACUUGACCGUGGUACCCAAGGCGGACUACGAUAACCUGCUGCAGCUUGCACAUCAGUAUACUACCCUUUGCGCAAAUCUGAUUAGUGGAGGAAUCGAUGAGCAGACAAUUGUGGUUCUGAGCCAGGACAACACGAGUCGCCAUAGCCAAGAGAUGAUUGGAAAGACAUCCAGAAUGCCCAUGCCCACCGGCAACAAGACUCAUUCUCUGAAUCAGACCAAGGAACAUGGAACACACUUCUCUCCAGCCACCAAAAUCUACAGUACCCACUACAAAGAAUACUCUGCUGGAAACGGCCGGAACGGUUACAGCAGUCAAAAUGGCUACAGUGGUUACAACGGUAGCGCUGGGUGGGCUGAUGGUCCCGAGGAAGACUUUUCAGCCGAGUACUCACCCGACGGCUCCUCGCCGGGAGCGCAGCAAGAACCCAACUUCAGCCAGGCACUGGCCUACGAGCGACCUCACUAUCCGCGAAUGUGCAAGCGAACAGUCGUUUUGGCAGGUCUCGCCGAGGGCACUACUCACGGAGACGUGACCAACGUUGUCCGGGGAGGUAUGGUACUGGAGAUUUACCUCCGAGCCGCCGACCAUUCGGCUCUUGUUUCUUUUCUGCUCGAGGAGGAUGCAGUCAGCUUCUACGAGCAUGUACGACGAAAUGAUUUGUACAUCAACCACAAGCGCGUCUUCGUCAAAUGGGCUGACAGACACUUUCAUCUUGCUGGUCACGUCGCUGGCAAGAUUGGCCAAGGCGCUACUCGAAACAUGAUAAUUCGCCGCUGCGGCCCUGAUCACACCGUUGACAGCAUUCGCGAUCACCUCGAACACAUUCACAACCUGGUGGUCAUCAGCAUCGACUUCAUUGGCAGCAGCUGCUACAUCAAAACCAACUCCGUCCACAAUGCCAUGUUUGCGAGGACAUGCAUGAUGAGCAGAGUCACGUACAAAGGAUCCAAGAUUGAAUGGGAUGUAGACGAGUGCGCACAGCCUCUGGAGGUCUCUCGGAAGCCCUCAGUUCCCAAGCCUCUGCAAUCCCUUGCCACGAAACCUCCUGGAGUCAAGAUUCGCAAUCGGUUCGCAACUUUGAGACUGGAUGACGACGACAAUGGCGAUAGUGACGAUAGACUCGAUACAUCGACCGAGUUCGCGGCUUUCAGCACCGUUGGCGUUGGUGCAUAA